UUGUAUUGACUCCGCCCACUUCCUCCUCCUCCUCCGCCUGCAGUUUAGUUUCACUUUUGUAAAAAUGUGACGCGUUAUUUUCUUCGUCCACGCUUCGAUACAGUUUAAGGAUGGAUCCGAGUCCAGCCUCCACUGGAUCCGACCCUGGUCCUGAAGCUGAACCUGAACCCAGCUAUGUGUCCUGCAGGAGUGAUGACUCAAAUCCUCGCUUGAUUGAUUUUAAACGUCCUGGUCCUGAACCUGAACCCAGCUAUGUGUCCUGCAGGAGUGAUGGCUCAAAUCCUCGCUUGAUUGAUUUUAAACAUGCUGUGAAGAGGAGGAAACGUAAACAAGCACAAACCAUCACAAAACAUAUAAGAGAUCCUCUGUACUCUAAAGGUAGACAACACUACUAUCAGAGAGUGAACCAGGAGAGCUCAGAGCCUACCCAGAAGCACCAGACACACAUGGACUCCACAUUUAUGUUUCAGCUGCUGGAGGAAAAUAUUGUCACUUUUGUAAAGAAGGAGCUGAAGAAGAUCCAGAAGGUUCUGAGUCAAGAUUACCCAGAAUGCUUAGAGAGUCAGAUGGAGGAUGAGGAGGUGUUGUAUGGUGAGGACGAAGAGCAGAGGAGGAGCACCAGCGACGCGUUUCUGAAGAUCACAGUGAACUUCCUGAGGUGGAUGAAUCAGGAGGAGAUGGCUGACUUUCUGCAGAGCAGAGGUCCUGCUGCGGUUUGUCAGCGUAAACUUAAAUCUAACCUAAAGAAUAAGUUCCAGUGUGUGUUUGAAGGCAUCGCUAAAGCAGGAAACCCAACCCUUCUGAACCAGAUCUACACAGAGCUCUACAUCACAGAGGGAGAGACUGGAGAGGUCAACAAUGAACAUGAGGUCAGACAGAUUGAAACAGCUUCAAGGAUGCGAAACAGAGGAGAAACAAUCAUCAGACCAGAAGACAUCUUUAAAGGCUCAGCUGGAAGACAUGGAGCCAUCAGAACAGUGAUGACAAAGGGAGUGGCUGGAAUUGGGAAAACAGUCCUAACACAGAAGUUCACUCUGGACUGGGCUGAAGACAAAGCCAACCAGGACAUACACUUCAUAUUUCCAUUCACCUUCAGAGAGCUGAAUGUGCUGAAAGAGCAAAAGUUCAGCUUGAUGAAACUUGUUCAUUACUUCUUCACUGAACCCAAAGAAGAAGGAAUCUGCAGGUUUGAAGAGUUAAAGGUUGUUUUCAUCUUGGACGGUCUGGAUGAGUGUCGACUUCCUCUGGACUUCAACAAGACUAAAACCCUGACUGAUGUCACAGAGUCCACCUCAGUGGAUGUGCUGCUGACAAACCUGAUCAGGGGGAACCUGCUUCCCUCUGCUCGCCUCUGGAUCACCACACGACCUGCAGCAGCCAAUCAGAUCCCUCCUGGCUGUGUUGCCAUGGUGACAGAGGUCAGAGGGUUCACUGACCCACAGAAGGACGAGUACUUCAGGAAGAGGUUCACAGAUGAGGAGCAGGCCACAACCAUCAUCUCCCACAUCAAGACGUCACGAAGCCUCCACAUCAUGUGCCACAUCCCAGUCUUCUGCUGGAUCACUGCUACGGUUCUGGAGGAUGUGUUGAAAACCAGAGAGGGAGGAGAGCUGCCCAGGACCCUGACUGAGAUGUACAUCUACUUCCUGGUGGUUCAGACCACAGUGAAGAACAUCAAGUAUGAUGGUGGAGCUGAGAUAGAUCCACAUUGGAGUCCAGAGAGCAAGAAGAUGAUUGACUCACUGGGAAAACUGGCUUUUGAGCAGCUGCAAAAAGGAAACCUGAUCUUUUAUGAGUCAGACCUGACAGAGUGUGGCAUCGAUAUCAGAGAAGCCUCAGUUUACUCAGGAGUGUUCACACAGAUCUUUAAAGAGGAGAAAGGACUGUACCAGGACAGGGUGUUCUGCUUCGUCCAUCUAAGUGUUCAGGAGUUUCUGGCUGCUCUUCAUGUCCAUCUGACCUUCAUCAGCUCUGGAGUCAACCUGCUGUCACAACAACAACCAACAUCAUCAUAUGUCAUUGAUAUUUUUGAUUUUGAAUCCAAUGAAGAUUCUGAUAUUGAUGAAUAUUGGUUUGACCACAAAAAUGAAUGUGAACCACAAUCUGCAGAGAGUCUCUUCUAUCAGACAGCAGUGGACACAGCCUUAUGUAGUCAAAAUGGACACCUGGACCUGUUCCUCCGCUUCCUCCUGGGACUGUCCCUACCAGUCAAUCAGACCCUACUACAAGGUCUGAUGACUAUGACAGAAAAUAGCUCACAGACCACUCAGGACACCGUCAAAUACAUCAAAGAGAAAAUCGAAGAGACUGCCUCUGCAGUCAAAAGCAUCAACUUGUUCCACUGUCUAAAUGAACUGAAUGAUUGUUCUCUAGUGGAGGGGAUCCAACAGUUCCUGGAAUCAGGAAUUCUCUCAGAUGAGUUCUCUCUGGCUCAGUGGUCUGCUCUGCUCUUCAUGUUAGUGUCAACAGGAAGCGAACUGGACGUGUUUGAUCCACUAAGAUACUCUUUAUGCUUCUCAGAGGAGGAUCUCAUGUUUGUGCUUGGAGUGGUCAAAGUCUCCAAGAGAGUUGUACUGAGUGGCUGCAACCUGUCCGGGACAAUCUGUGAAUCUCUGUCCUCAGUUCUCAGCUUUCAGUUCUCUAGUCUGAGAGAACUGGACCUGAGUAACAACGACCUGCAGGAUUCAGGAGUGAAGCUGUUGGCUGUUGGACUUGAGAGUCCACACUGUCAACUGGAAACUCUUAGACUGAAGUUGUGUAACCUGUCAGACACAAGUUGUGGAGCUCUGUCCUCAGUCCUCAGCUCUCAAACAUGUAGUCUAAGAGAACUUGACCUGAGUAACAACGACCUGCAGGAUUUAGGAGUGAAUCCUCUGUCUGCUGGACUGAAGAGUCCACACUGUCAACUGGAAUGUCUGAGGCUGUCAGGUUGUAUGAUCACAGAGGAAGGCUGUGCUUCUCUGGCCUCCGCUCUGACCUCCAACCCCUCCCAUCUGAGAGAACUGGACCUGAGCUACAACCAUCCAGGAGACUCGGGAGUGGAGAUGUUGUCUGCUGGACUAGAGGAUCCACACUGGAGACUGGACACUCUCAGUGUGGAACCUGCUGGAGUCCAGUGGUUGAAACCAGGUCUUAAGAAGUAUUUCUGUCAACUCACAAUUGACACAAACACACUAAAUAGGUGCCUUAGACUGUCUGAUGACGACUGCACAGUGACCCGUGUGAAAGAGGAUCUGUCAUAUCCUGAUCAUCCAGACAGAUUCGUUCUGUGGCAGCUGCUUUGUAGUGAUGGUUUGACCGGUCGCCGUUACUGGGAGGUCGAGUGGAGAGGAGACGUUUAUGUAUCAGUGAGUUACAGACGAAUCAGAAGGAGAGGAGACAAAGACGUCUGUUGGUUUGGAAGGAACAGUGAUUCUUGGAGUCUGGACUGCUCUGAUGACGCUGGAUACUCUGUCUGUCACCGUAACAGGGAAACAUCCCUCUCCUUCCCUGUGUCUAACAGAGUAGCAGUGUAUGUGGACUGUCCUGCUGGUUCUCUGUCCUUUUACAGAGUCUCCUCUGACAAACUGAUCCACCUGUACACCUUCAACACCACGUUCACUGAUCCUCUUUAUCCCGGGUUUUCAUUAUGGUCUGGUUCCUCUGUGUCUCUGUGUAGAGUGUAGUAGUAUUGAGAGUUGCUUCUUUUCACUGUUAACCCAUUAAGUUCAUUCUGUACAUGUCCAUCUCUCACUCACACACGUUUUCUAUGAUUAUUAUAGGAUGGAAAUAUUGAAAGCUUGUUGCAAAGUUGUUUUCAGUGAGUAAGCAGGAAAUCAUCAAGUUGUAUGUUUAACAUGGGUUUUAUAAAACAUAAAAGAUUAUAUAUUUUUUAUCACUGUCUAUAUGUACAGUAUUUGUGAUGUUUUCCUUUUUCUACAUUUAAGCACAUUUUUUGUAGCCAUGUUAAAGUUCAAAAGGAUGCAGCCUGGGGGCAUUUUGACUGUGUGUGUGUGUGUGUGUGUGUGUGUGUGUGUGUGUGUGUGUGUGUGUGUGUGUGUGUGUGUGUGUGUGUGUGUGUGUGUGUGUGUGUGUGUGUGUG